GGGCCUGCGGGGCCGCGCUCCACCCCUCCGGGCCCGCGCUGCGCCCCCGCCCGUGCGCGCUGCCCCGACCCCGCGCGCCGCGACAGGGAGGGGCCGGCGGAGGCGGAGCCAGUAGCAGCGGAGGCUGGUGGCUCCCGCGCGGCUCCGGGUCACCGAUCCCAGAUCCUGGCGCGACGAGAGGUCAUAAGCAGAUCCUGGUGAUGUGUGUUCAUUACUGAGAGAUUCCUCUCCCACCCACACAAACUGUAGGGACAGCUGGGGACCUGCUGGGCACAGGCAUGCCAGUACUGUCUGAAGACUCGGGUUUGCAUGAGACCCUGGCACUGCUCACCUCUCAGCUCAGGCCUGACUCCAACCACAGGGAGGAGAUGGGCUUCCUGAGAGAUGUCUUCAGUGAGAAGAGCCUCAGUUAUUUAAUGAAGAUUCAUGAGAAACUCCGCUAUUAUGAGAGGCAGAGUCCAACCCCAGUCCUCCACAGCGCCAUGGCCCUUGCUGAGGAUGUGAUGGAGGAGCUGCAGGCUGCCUCUGUGCACAGUGAUGAGCGGGAGCUGCUGCAGCUGCUGUCCACCCCCCACCUCAGGGCUGUGCUCAUGGUCCACGACACGGUUGCCCAGAAGAACUUCGAUCCUGUUCUGCCCCCUCUGCCCGAUAACAUCGAUGAGGAUUUUGAAGAGGAGUCGGUGAAGAUUGUUCGCUUGGUGAAGAAUAAGGAGCCCCUGGGUGCCACCAUCCGACGGGAUGAGCAUUCGGGGGCUGUUGUGGUGGCCAGGAUCAUGCGAGGGGGUGCGGCAGACCGGAGCGGUCUGGUCCACGUUGGCGAUGAGCUCCGAGAGGUGAAUGGGAUCGCCGUCCUGCACAAGCGUCCAGACGAGAUCAGCCAAAUUCUGGCCUGGAAGAAAGGAAGCAAGACUGAAACUCGCAGACCUGGGCUGGAAAGCCAUGGGCCUCUGUUCCCUCUCCCUUCAGGCCCAAUCCCAGGGAUCCAUUACCCUGAAGAUCAUCCCUGCCACCCAGGAGGAAGACCGCUUCAAAGACAGCAAGGUAUUCAUGCGUGCCCUCUUCCACUAUGACCCUCGGGAGGACCGUGCCAUCCCCUGCCAGGAGGCUGGCCUGCCCUUCCAGCGGAGGCAGGUCCUGGAGGUGGUGAGCCAAGAUGACCCCACCUGGUGGCAGGCCAAGAGAGUAGGCGACACCAACCUUCGAGCUGGCCUCAUCCCAUCUAAGCAGUUCCAGGAGAGGCGGCUGAGCUACCGGAGAACCACUGGCACCUUACCAAGCCCCCAGAACUUCAAAAAGCCCCCCUAUGAUCAGCCUUGUGACAAAGAGACCUGUGACUGUGAUGGGUACUUUAAAGGACAUUAUGUGGCUGGUCUUCGGAGAAGCUUCCGGCUGGGCUGCAGGGAGAGGCUGGGUGGCUCGCAGGAAGCAAAGGUCCCUACAGGAGCUGAGUCUCAGGUGCUGCUGACGUACGAGGAAGUGGCCAGGUACCAACACCAGCCUGGGGAGCGGCCCCGCCUGGUGGUUCUCAUUGGGUCCCUGGGAGCCCACCUCCAUGAGCUGAAGCAAAGGGUGGUGGCUGAGGACCCCCAGCAGUUUGCCGUUGCAGUUCCACACACCACCAGGCCCCGGAAGAGCCACGAGAGAGACGGGGUGGAGUACCAUUUUGUCUCCAAGCAAGCGUUUGAGGCCGACGUACAUCACAACAAGUUCCUGGAGCAUGGAGAAUAUAAAGAGAAUCUCUACGGCACCAGCCUAGAGGCCAUUCAGGCUGUUAUGGCCAAAAACAAAGUGUGUUUGGUGGAUGUAGAACCAGAAGCACUAAGACACCUGAGGACCCCUGAGUUUAAGCCCUAUGUUAUAUUUGUGAAGCCUGCAAUUCAGGAGAGAAGGAAGACGCCGCCGGUGUCCCCAGACUCUGAGGACAUAGCAUCUUCACUUGAUGAACAGCAGCAAGAGAUGGCCGCCUCUGCUGCCUUCAUAGAUCAGCACUAUGGGCACCUGAUAGACACUGUGCUCGUGAGGCAGGACCUGCAGGAGGCCUGCAGCCAGCUCAGAGCUGUCAUAGAGACGCUGAGCAAGGACACUUCCUGGGUACCCAUCAGCUGGGUGAGGUAACUUCACCCCAUAGCAUCUGGUCUGAAGGGACCUUGAAGACCCUCGAGUCCAGCCUCCCUCAUGUACCAUCAAGGAAUCUCAAGUGCAGAGAGGAACAGGACUUCCCACGAGCCAUCGCCACCGAGCAUCGGUGGGAAGCCUUGCUCAGUGUUGGAUUUCUGUCUGCUGUUUGCACUGCAGCCCUUCACGAGCGGAGCUGAAAGGGGCAGUCCACAGAAUAGCGUGUUGUUCAUUAAAGUCUCGCAGGCAAGUUGGCCUUGAUUCUUUGUACCAAAGCUACGUAGCCACUGUCUUUUGGGGGUGGUGGUGGUGAAUUUGUAUAGUGAUUUACCAUGAUGUUUCAGCUUUAUAAAUAUGACACUUCACUGGUCCAGCUUUUUUUGGAAAUUGUUUUACCCAAGAGGGUCUUCCAUGCAACUGAAGACCUUCUUCUGGCUUGCAGCACUGAAAUGUUUGGGUUGGUUUUGGUUUUUUGGUUUUGUUUUUUUUUUUUUUUUGGGGGGGGGGGCGGUUAGUGCUUGCCUGGUGGUAGAGAAAUUAGUUCCCUGCCUUUUCACUUGGUGUUGCGUACAUGUUUUUUUCCUGCAAGACAGAGGCAUACUUAAUGGUCCACAUGGCUCACUAGUCCAGUCUAUAAUGCAGCAGUGCCUUUGGGGACUCUUGAGGAAUGUCAGGCUGCCUGUCCCCUUUCUGAAGACCCCCAUGCUGAAAGUGAGUCCUUGAUGUGAAUGGAUCUGUCCUUUGUGUGCAGCUGUCUCUUUACUGCCUCGGUUCCAAGCUGUCUCUAUUUUCAGACUGGGGCCCCUGGUGUGCUGGAUUGUGGGAGUCAAAUGACUGCCAUCUGUCAAAGCUCUGUCUAAGCCACAAUAAAUCAGUCCUGUCAAAAGUGUA